GUUAGUCAAUACUUCAAUGAUUAUAAAGAAAGUACAAAUGAGCGAAGUGUUGGGUCCUUAAUACAUCGGUGGUCUGCCAUUCAAAAGGCGACGAACAAAUUUUGUGCUAAACUCGCCCAAGUUGAAGGGCUGAAUCAAAGUGGCAUGACUGAGCAAGACAAGUUUGACAAAGCGAAGGUCAUGUACCAAUCGCUUGAGAAAACAACCUUUCAGUUCGAGCAUUGUUGGCAGCUAUUGAAAGACCAGCCGAAAUGGAAUCAGCGUUGCACAAAGGACGGGACAAAGCGAAGGUCGACGAUGUCCCCUACAUAUUCGCGUACAUCAUCCAUGGCAACUAAUUCACCCAUUGAUUCAGUGGGUGGUACAGAGGGCGAGAAUAUGGAAACUAAUGAUGUCAUCGAUUUGGAUAGGCCAAUAGGAAGAAAAGCUGAGAAAGGAAAACGUAAGGCCCAAGGCAGAGCCUCAGAAGAGCUUGUGGAGCUCAGCAAGAAAAGGUAUACUCUCCUAGAGGAGUCACGUGCUUAGGAGAAAUAAUUUUUCCGACUCAAGGCGGAGAAGAUGGCAUAUGAACGAGAAAUGGAGGAAAAUAAAACUAGACAAGAGGAUGAGAGAUUGAGGUUGGAGGCGGAGAAACUGGAAAUCGCCCGGUUGGAGAGAGAGGAGCGCAUAAUGUUGCUCGAUGUGAGUACGUUAAAUGAAGUUCAGCAAGUAUAUUUCCAGCAACUUCAAAGAGAGAUAUUGGCGCGACGCACUGC